AUGCUUCCAAUUGAAUUGAUCUCGAAUGUUCUUGCCGCCGUCCCAAAGUUAGUAAAAAAGAUAAAAGUGUCAAUGAAUUAUAAAGAAGAAGGAUUGAAAAGCAGCAAAAAUGUACUAGGAAAGAAUACGCAAGCAGACUCAGUCGAUAUAACUGAAUAUCUAGUAUCCAGUAUGCAAGAACUUGUAAUUUUUAAUAAUAACGAAGAAUCUUAUGAUACAUUUUUGCGAGAAUUUUUAACAGAAUCAUACUUUAACAUCACAUUACCGGAAAUACCAGAUCGAAAAGAAGAUAUUGAAAUCAUUCAAGAAAAUCGCAAAAAAAUCAUUGAUAAAUUGAACGAAAUUCGUAGUUUUUUAGAAAAUUAUGAAGCUAUAUCUUGUGAUGACACCGAAAAAUCAGGAAUUGUUCAGAUAUUACUUGAAUUGUCCAAAUAUGAUUUUCCAUUAAUUCAAGAAAAUGCUUUGAGCACCUGCAUGAUGCUACUUGAGUUCAAAGAUACAUUUGAAAACGCAUUUUUAGAGAAUGAUUUUGUCGAAGUUUGCGGAUUUUUAUUAUUUGAAUGCGAACUUAGUAGUGACUCAUUUAUUUUGAUUGUUAAUUCUCUUGGAUUAAUUUUAACUAUUUCAAAAGAUAUAUGCUUUAAUAUUUUAGAGAAAAUUCCAGUUAGAUUUUUGAUUGAUUCUUCAUUAAAAUAUAGCCAUCGUUCGGAAGAUGCAAUUAGCGCAGUAGCAUAUUACUCUGCCGAAAGUAUUGUGAAAGGAGUUUUUCCAUCUCAAGCUUUUGAUAUUUUGGAAGCUUUUGAAAAAUCUAUUGAAAAAGAUAUUGGAAAUUCUGCUUCUGAUAUAAUAAGUCGUUUCCAUUACAUGAUUGAGGACUGGCCGGAUGAUCUUGACUUAGGAAUUUUACAUCAUCAUGGAAUUAUUGGCCUAAUUAAUUCGAUUCUUUCAGAAUCUGAAGCUAUCGAGGAUGUUCAUGAACUCAUUACUUUUGCAAUUGAUUGUAUAACUUUGAUGCUUCAAAAACAUUUUAUUCCUGAAAUUAAUUUUGAUCAAAUUAUUUUUUAUACGUUUAAUGGAACAACUGAUCAACAAAAGUCAUCUUUCAAUCUAUUAGCAGAAUUGUUCAAUGAAAUACCUGAAUUAUAUCGCACACUUAUUACGAAUGAAUAUUUUCAUGAAAUAUUUGAAUAUAUCAAGACAAAGGCUAUAUCUGAAGUCAAAGGGCACUUUGUUAUAUUGUUAUUUAGCUAUCUUAGCAGUUUGGAACCUCAGGAAAUUAAUAAAUUGAUAUUGGAAGAUAUUGAAUUAAUAGAAUACUUUGAAGAUCAGUUACAAUAUAGAAAAUACAUUUCUUAUUCAAUUAAAUCCCUUAUCAUCUGCAUUGAUUCUUCAAAAUCCGGAGAUUUCGGAGUUCGAGCUCUAAUUCACCAAAAAAUUGUUGAUUUUGAUGGCUGGGAUGAGUUAGAAGAUAAUGAAAAUGAUAGUAAAAGCGAAGUUUCCGAGCUUUCAAGCCAAUUACUGAAUCUUGUUAAUUCGGAAUUAAAUGAAAAUUAA